AUGGCUGCCAACCCGAUCAAGAAUGGACUUUUCGUCCAUAACAAUACCGUUGCUCCCGAGCACCCCAGCUUGAUGAGCAUGUUCUCCCUCAAGGGCAAGACUGCCAUCGUCACUGGUGCCGGUGCCGGUAUCGGUCUCGCCGUUGCCCAGGGCCUGGCUGAGGCCGGUGCCAACGUGGCGCUGUGGUAUAACUCCAACACCAAGGCUUCUGAGCGUGCCGCCGAGAUUGCCCAGAAGUACGGUGUGCAGACCAAGGCCUACCAGGUUCAAAUAACCGACCCCAAGGCCGUCCAGGCCGCUACCGACGCUGUUGUCAAGGACUUCAACGGCCGUCUCGACGUCUUCAUUGCCAACGCUGGUAUCCCCUGGACCCAGGGCCCCAUGGUCGACGGCCCUCUCGAGCACUACCGUGAUGUCGUCGCCAUUGAUCUUGACGGUACCUUCUACUGUGCUAAGGCCGCUGCCGGUCACUGGCGCCGCCAGAAGGAGGAGGGCACCGAUAUCAACGGCAAGAAGCUCACCAACUUCACCUACGGUAGCUUCGUUGCGACUGCUUCCAUGAGUGGCCACAUUGUCAACUUCCCUCAGAUGCAGGCCGCCUACAACGCCGCAAAGACUGGUGUUAUCCACCUUUGCAAGUCUCUCUCCGUCGAGUGGGUCCGCUUCGCCCGUGCUAACACCAUCUCCCCCGGCUACAUCGCCACCGAGAUCUCCAGCUUUGUUCCUGAGGACACCAAGAACAUCUGGCGUGACAAAAUCCCCAUGGGUCGUGAGGGUCAGGCGCACGAGCUGAAGGGUGCCUACCUCUACCUGGCCUCGGAUGCGUCAUCUUAUACUACCGGUGCCGACAUUAUCGUCGACGGCGGCUACUGCGCUCCCUAA